GGGCCUUUCCUUCCACUAUUGGGCGGGACGGGUCCGCACUCAACUUUUCCCGCGCUCUACUGGGGGGGGCAAGAGCGCGGCCAAUCGGCUUCUGCAGUAGAGAAUAGACAAUGAGAGUAUCCAAUGAGCGUAGACAGACUUCACGAUCUCUCUUGUCAUUGACCAAAUGCACCAUUCUCUGGGGAGCUGCGCCAGAGCAGGGGAUUCUCGGCGGAAGCGAAAGGUUCCCCCGCAUUUGCAAGUGCAGGCGAGAGACGGCUCGAUUUGGGACAGAAUCUCCUUUUAGGUUCUCUGCUGUUUAAGAAAUAUCCCUGUGUGUUUCAGCUGAACUGUCUGUUCAUCUUCAAGUCAUCAUGAGCCCUAAGAAGCGCAGGUCACAGAAGGUCGCAUUUGAUGAAAAGAGUAAUAUGAAAAUUGAUCACUAUUUUUCUCAGGUCAAUAAAAAAGAACAGAAUAAUUCCAGUAUGUCUCAAACAAAGACAGGCUCUAGAAAAGGUCCAAAAGAUAUAACUAACACCCAGGCUCAAGAACCCAAAGACCAGACUACACCCCUAAAUAAGACAAUUAACGUUACCUUGGGUGUAAAUCACAAGAAAAACCAAAAAAGGAAACUCGUGCUCAUACAUAAUGAGAAGGAUAGCUUAUACUCGGCACUCAACACUCUUAAGGCUGUCAAAGAAGAGAUAGAAACUCAUCAAGGCAAAGAAGUGCUGGUGCAUGGCAUAGAAGGAAUUGAAGGAUAUAUAAACCUUGGAAUGCCUCUCAGUUGUUUUCCUGAAAACUGUCACGUGGUAAUUACAUUUGCCCAAAGUAAAAGUAAGGAGGAAGAAGGGAACCAGGUAUUUGGACGCCAUGACGAGGCAUCUGCUGACUGUGUCAAAUUUUAUAUUCAUGCAAUUGGGAAGAGGAAAAAAACAAUUGUCAAACGCAGGGAACUUCACAAAGAAGGGUACAAACUCUGUGUCUAUGCUUUCAAAGGAGAAACCAUUAAGGAUGCUCUAUGCAAGGAUGGCAGAUUUCUUUCCUUUCUGGAGAAUGAUGAUUGGAAACUCAUUAAAAACCUGGACUCUGUUUUAGAAAACACACAGCCUGUUGAUGAUCUAGAGGGCCAGCUCUUUCAGGUCGAGGUUGAGAAGGGAAUGGGCUCCAGGGCAGCAGCUGCUCAGAGGCCUGAGUCAGAGAAAAGAAACACUCGUCUGUUGAAUGAAGAAAUUGUGGACCAGUACCCCAGUUUGAGAAGAGAAAGUGAAAAAAUCAGAGAAAACUUUGAGAAAGAAAUAAAAAAAAGAAAGAGCAAAAAGAAAACUUCAUUAUUUAAAUGGCAUGAAACAAACUUUGGAAAACUGACAAAAAACUCCACUCCGGUUAAAGUACACAAAUUUCUUUCUCGGCUCAGUGACUCAGUUGGGUACGUAUCCUGGGACAACAAUGGAAAUGCAGGUUCUGCCACGUGCUUUGUUUUUCAAGGGUUGUUCAUUUUCACUUGUCGGCAUGUAAUAAAUGACAUUGUGGGAAAGGGGAUAGAUCAAAGUAAGUGGGCAGACAUAAUUGGUCAAUGUGUGAGAGUGACAUUUGCUUAUGAAGACCUGCAAGAAAAAGAAGGUAAAAUUUGCUUUUUCGUUGAACCGUGGUUUAAGAUAUCUGAUGUAACUCUUGAUUAUGCUAUUCUGAAACUGAAGGAAAAUGGACAACAGGUACCUUUGGGACUAUACAAUGGAAUUGCUCCUGUACCACUUAGUGGGUUGGUAUAUAUUAUUGGCCAUCCAAAUGGAGAUGCAAAGUCUACUGAUGCCUGUGCUGUGAUCUCUCAGGGUCAGCGAGAAGAAAAAUGUCGAGAACAUUUUCAGGCUAGAGAAGCAGAGGGUUGCGAUUAUGUUAUGCAGUAUAUCCAUAUGUUCACUCAAAGAAGUUUCCAGGAAGUACUUCACAACCCUGAUGUGAUUACCUAUAACACCACUUUUUUCUUUGGGGCUUCUGGCUCCCCAGUGUUUGAUUCAAAAGGUUCGCUGGUGGCCAUGCAUACUGCUGGCUUUGCUUAUGCAUAUCAAAGCAAGUUUUCCAGUGUGAUUGAGUUUGCCUCUACUCUGGAAUCCAUCCUCCUUGAUAUUAAGCGAAAUCAUGGAGCAUGGUAUGAAAAAGUAUGUAUAAAUCAGCAAGAUGUAGAAAUGGUGAGUGAUGAGGAUUGAGGACAGUGGGAAUUUAGUCUGUUUACUGGCUUUAAGAGAAUUGCCUAUGGCAUUGUUAUUCCAUAGGCAAUGGUGACAGUUUUCUAAAUUCCAAAUGGUCAGUUUCCUCAAAAAUGAUAAUAAUUCUUGGUCACUUCCUAGGUGCCAAGCAUUUUCCUAAGCACAUGAAGAAACUAGUCCUAACAGCUCUAUGAGGUGGACUGUUGUCUCUAUUUUAAAGUCAAGCAAUGUGAAGAAUGAUAAGAUUAAGUAAUAAUAAGUUUUAUGAUACUAAAAAUAGUGUAACCAUUGAUUUUUUCUCAUCUUCCGUAUCUUCCCGUCAGUUCCAUUGCUUGAAGGCAGGAUCUGAAUGAGAUGAUUUCUUCAUUAUUCAAUAAUUCAUCUCAUUAUUCCCAAUGUCUGACACAUGGAAAGUACGUGUUUAGAAAAUGUGUGGGUCGUGACUUGCAAAACUUAAGGAUACGAUUAAUCUUCACUGAGGAACUAAAUCCUUGGUUAGAAAUGAUCUCAAAUAAAAUCAUAAUUGUUCAUUUGUACCGGGAUAGGAAAUAACUUUAUCACCUAGAGUACUGUGUUUAUGAGCAGUUUCUUUUGCCUUUCAUCCUACAGACUUGUUCCCAAAGUUACUUAGAUCAACCUCCUUUCCCUCACCUCCUUCCGUGAGGUUAUUUCAUAUAUUUUUUAGUACUGUUAAGAUUUUCUUGUCACAGCCAGCAUUCUUUCCUUUGAUCCCUUGACCUCCUAAAUGAUUUUUUAAAUUUGCAUACAUUAAGAUUCACUCUUCAUGCUGUAAAUUCUUUGGGUUUUGACAAGUGCAUAAUGUCAUGUGUCCAUCAUUACAAUAUUAUCCAGAAUCAUUUCACCACCCUAAAAUUCCCCUGUGCUUUGCCCACUCAUCCCUCCUCUCUCCCCUGAACCCCUGGUGACCACUGAUCUUUUUACUGCCCUUAUACUUUUGCCUUUUCCAGAAUGUCAUAGACGUGGAAUCAUAUACUAAGUAGCCUUUUCAGGUUGAUUUCUUUCACUCAGCAAUGUGCAAUUAAAGUUCCUCUGUGUCUUUUCAUGGA